CACACAGAGGAGGCGCCGCUGCUCCCGCACGAGACCGUCGGUACCGGAUCGAUCCGCCGCACGAGGACGGAACGAAUAUGUGAGCGGGAGGCGGGAAACCAUGGCAACGGAUCUGAUUACGAGCUGAGUGACAGAUGAACGUUUGAACAGGUCUGCAGCUCCCCGGUGAACCAUGUCUUCCAUCUCUUCCUCCUCCUCCUCCUCGUCUUCCUCAGAGCUGCCCUACUUCUGUCCUCGCUGUGGUGACGAGUUCCGCUUCUCGUCUGUACCUGAGCUCCGGGCUCACCUGGUCAACCGACACACCUACGAGACCUUGCUGGUGCUGUCGCAGGCUCGAGUCAGGAGCUCCAGACCCGGUGCUCUCCUCCCACUCCCGGGUCAGGCUGUGUCCCAGAGGCCGAGCUGUUCUCUGGGCGUGGAGGCCCACAGCCUCGCCCUGCCGCUGGCCUGUCUGGAUCUGGCCUCGUCGUCUGCCUCCGUCCAGCUCCUCAGGAACAUGUUCGGCCCAUCGGAUCUCGCUCUGCCCUCUUCUGUGGGACAUCCAGAGGAGCCCUCUACAGCUCUGGCCCUCCCCGGCUCUCUGGAGCCUUUUCCUGGGAGGACACUUGGCGAGGUGGGGGUCCGGCUGGGCCUGGAGUUCGGGCUGUCGGUGGGGAUCGGGCUGGAGGAGAGGCUCGGCCUGGGGCUGGAUCGUAAACUUGCCCGGACGUUCGCUGAGGUGGAGGAGAGGGUGAACCGCCGCAUGGGUCGACUGAAGGUGGAGCUACAGAGGAGGGAGGCGGAGCUACAGCUGGAGAGGCGGGACAUGGAGCGACUGAGGGGCGAGAAGCAGGAAGUGGAGGACAGGGCAGCGUACCUGUCCAGACAGGUCUCUGCUGCCAUGGAGAUGAUGCAGCGACUAAAGACGGAUCUGGAGGGAAAAGAGACGGAGCUGAGCGAGCGGCAGCAGGAGAUGGUCGACAUCGAGAGUUUUCUGAGGGAAACGGCUCAGAAAGAGGCCGAAGCAAAGUCCAGACUGCAGGUGUUCAUCGAGACGCUGUUGGAGCGAGCCGACCGAGCAGAGAGACAGCUGCUGCUGCUCAGCUCGCACACACACACACACCACAGGUACACACACACACACCCGUACGCUGACCCGUACACACCUGCACCUGGACGAGGAGGACGCAGUCUGGACGGCAGCACCGAUGACAUCAUCGCAAACAAGCUGCAGGGAGCCAUCGGUAACCGGAGGAGUAACAGUGUGUCCGGCUCCUACAGACUGGGAGAGCAGCUGUACAGCCAGCAUCACUACAGCGGUCUGACGGGUCACAUGAGGACCUUGUCUCUGGGCUCAGGAGGUUGGGACAGUGAGACCGGGUCGGUCCACCUCCAGUACUACCCUCCAUGUUGGACUGGACGGGAGCGAGGAGGAGGAGACGAGAGGAGAGAUGGAGCGUGGGUCGGUGAGGGAGGAUGUGGCAGGACAUGGAGCAAAAGACACCGCCGCCACCACAGCACUGAGGAGGAGGAGGAAGAAGAGGAGGAGGAGGAGGAGGAGGGAUUCUGGAGCAGCGCUGAGAUGAGGAGGCUGAUCUUCGCACGGACAAACACACCUGGUUCAGAAGCCGCCUCCUCCCUGCGCUCCACCCCAUCCCGUCGUCAUGGUGACAGACAGCUGGUGGCGGACACCUUGAAGCUGAGGGCGGGGCUUUUCUGCGUGUUCCCUUAUUUGGACCUGCGCUCUCUGCUGCGAGCUGCCGAGGUCUGCUCCGACUGGCGCUUCGUUGCCAGACACCCGGCGGUUUGGACACGCCUCCGGCUGGAGAGCGCCAGGGUGUCGGCUGAGUUCCUCACCACUCUGUCUCAGUGGUGCACUCAGACUCAGUCGGUGGUUCUCAACAACCUGAAGCCUCGAAGCAGACGAGCUGAUGAGACUCGAGAGGAUUACCACAAGAACACUCGGGGCAGCGUUGAGUCGGGGGUGGAGGCUCUGCUGCGGUCAGCAGGUGGCAGUCUGCUCCACCUGUCCAUCUCUCAGUGUCCUCACAUCCUCACUGACAGGACGCUGUGGCUCGCCAGCUGCUACUGCAGGAAUCUGCACACGCUCACAUACAGGAGUUCAUCAGAUCCUCUGGGUCAGGAGGUUCUGUGGGCCCUGGGUGCAGGCUGCAGGAACAUCAGCAGCCUGCAGGUGGCUCCAGCUUACCCCUGCCAACAACCCACUCGUUUCGGGAACCGCUGCCUGCAGACGAUUGGCCGAUGCUGGCCACACCUCCGCUCGCUCAGUGUGGGCGGGGCUGGCUGUGGGACUCAGGGAUUGGUUGCUUUAGUGCGGAGCUGCUCUCAGCUGCAGGUGUUGGAGUUGGAGCGUAUCACCGACCUCGGCCUGCAGGUGGCGACAGAGCUGUGUGCUGCAGGACUGAGGAGUCUGCAGACGCUGAUCCUGACACACACUCCCGUCAGCGGUCAGGCCGUCCUGCACUUCCACAGUGUGUGUGACAACAUCUCGUCCAUCGUCGUCGACGUCUCCGCGUCAGAUUACUUUGAAGAACCCGACACUCAGGAGGCUCGGCAUCUGUUUGGAGACAUCGUCAACACGCUGAACGUUCUUCAGAAGCGUCCUGGACUUUGUGACAUGUUGCAGGUUAAAGCUGAAGGAUUCUGUUGAAACAAACCGGUCACUGAUUCACCAGAACCUGGACCCAGAGUUCAUAAAAUGUGGAAACCUUGAACUCUUCUGCCUGACCUUUAAGGUGGAAUCGAACACGUCAAACAUAUUGUUGUCAGAACUCUUCCAGGAACAGGUCUUAGAAUCAGAGGUGGACCUGAGUCCGGUCCAAACCUUCCAUCCUUCCUCUCUUAAAUCCUUUAACUUAAACACAAACUUUACUUAAAUGUGUCACAAACCUGU